UUAGUUUCCAUAACCCUAUAUAAAAUAUUCAAGCAAAACAAAAAGGACAAAUUUAAAAAUAAAAAUAAAAAAAAAGACGCAUGUUUGAACCCUUCUACACACUUCACCAGCUUCUUCGGCUACUAAGACAAAAGAAAUCCUCAGUAGUACUGAUAAAUCAGAUAAAUACGGCAAGAAAACAAAAAAAAAAUGAAGCCCACCAACCGAAAGCUGUUCAUUCUUAGAGACGACGCACCGCUCACCGCCAAUUCGCCGCCGCCAUUAACGCCGGUAGCAUCUAGCUCGGUCUCCAUGAACUCCUCUCUUGUUCUCGUCAUCCUCGUCCUCUGCACAGCCCUCUUAUCCGCCGCCUUCUUCUGCUUCUUCGCCCUCUGUUUCCGGCACCAGAAUUCGUCUUCUUCUCCGGCUUCGGCGUGCAAGGCGGCGGACCCGACCGAUGUUGUUCGGUCGCUGCCGGUGAGGUCCUACGGUGGAGGCGCGGCGCACUGGAUGAGCAAGGACUGUGCGGUUUGUCUUGGGGAGUUUGGGGAGGGAGACGACGUCAAGGUGAUGCCGUUUUGCGGCCACGUGUUCCAUCCCGUGUGUAUCGACACGUGGCUUUCGUCGCACGUGUGGUGUCCGGUGUGCCGCCGAAGCGUGUCGUAGAGGAGAUGAAAGGGGAAAAGAAAGUUGAAGAACA